AUGUCCUCCAACAAGAUCUGGCUGCGUGCCGAAACCAAGCCCGCCGAGGCUCGGUCUGCUUUGACCCCGACUACCUGCAAGGCUCUUAUGGAUGCUGGAUAUGAAGUGACUGUCGAGCGCUCCACCCAGCGGAUUUUUGAUGACGAAGAUUUUGCCAAGAUUGGCGCACCGCUGGUGGAGGAAGGUUCUUGGGUGAAGGAUGCCCCCAAGGAUGCCUACAUUCUGGGUCUCAAGGAGCUCCCUGAGGAUGAUUUCCCCCUUGAGCACGUUCACAUCUCCUUUGCACACUGCUACAAGCAGCAGGGUGGCUGGGAGCAGGUCCUCAGCCGCUGGCCUCGGGGAGGUGGUACUCUCUUGGAUCUUGAAUUCCUCACUGAUGAUGUUGGUCGGAGAGUCGCUGCUUUCGGUUGGUCCGCCGGUUAUGCAGGUUCCGCUUUGGCUGUUAAGAACUGGGCUUGGCAGUUGACGCACCCUGAGGGCGAGCCUUUGCCUGGUGAGGUUCCGUACAUCAACCAGGAUGCCCUGAUCGAGUCGGUCAAGAAGUCCCUCGAGGAGGGUAAGAAGCAGUCUGGCCGCUCUCCCAAGAUCCUUGUCAUUGGCGCUCUCGGCCGUUGUGGCAGUGGUGCUGUGCAGCUCGCCAAGGACGUGGGUAUUCCAGACUCCGACAUCGUUCGGUGGGAUAUCGAGGAAACCAAGAAGGGCGGUCCCUUCCGGGAAAUCGUUGAGGAUGUCGAUAUUCUCGUCAACUGCAUUUACCUCAGCGCACAGAUCCCACCCUUCGUUACUCCAGAGACUCUUACUUCGCCGAACCGCCGCUUGUCGGUCAUCUGCGAUGUGAGCGCUGAUACUACCAACCCCCACAACCCUCUCCCUGUGUAUUCUAUCACUACUACCUUUGACAAGCCUACUGUCCCCGUCACCUUGGCAGGUGGAAGCCAGGUCGCUGGCCUGAGUGUGAUCAGCAUCGAUCACCUUCCGUCUCUUCUGCCCCGUGAGAGCUCGGAGAUGUUCAGCCAGGCCUUGCUCCCUAGCUUGCUCCAGCUGAAGGACCGGCAAAACGCCCGCGUCUGGAAGCAGGCUGAGGACCUUUUCAAUGAAAAGGUUGCUACGUUGCCCGAGUCCCUACGGGCCUAA